UACCCCUCCAUGUAUUUUUUUUGUAUAGAAAUAUCCCCCGCGCUUCACUCUUGAUUCUUCACAUUAACAACGCUCGCCUUGAUUUCGACCUAAAGAAACAUCAUAGAGCGCCUCUGCGCUUCCAAAGUCUCAUUAUCUCACUUGAAAACUGCAUAAAGAACCUCCAAAAGAUCGUCUCAGGCGUUCUUGUCUCCCCACUCACAACUCACUUCCCUUCCCCGUGCGGUCCCUGCAACUCGACCCAACGGUCCACCGCUCUUAGACAAGCCCCUCAAAGUCAAGGCCUAAUCAAGGGCCUUUUGAGCCAAAGAACAAGAGACGAACCUCUCUUUCUUGACUCAACCUUUUGUUAUACAUAUCUCUCUUUCUUUCUUUCUCUAUUGACCUUGUCUGCUUUCCUUUGACUACUUGUCAAAAAGCUUAGCUUAGCUUCCAAAUAUAACAAAGAACAAGGGUAUCCUCCUGUUCCUUUCUUCAUCUGCAUUGCGCAUGACCCCGAAACACCUCCGUAUAUCGCUUCAUUUCGAAUUCGUUGCUAUCUCAACCAGGCUUUCUCAAAAGGCAUCGAAUUGAAAUAGGCAGACGACCCAAAGAGCUACAGUUAUCGUCUCUAUAUUCUGAUAUCAAACCAUAAAGCAACAACUUCUCGUGCUCUUCCUGCUGAUACAUAUAACCGCACCACAGUUGAAACAAUAGAACCAACCAUGUCAUUUUCUCCGUCCACCAUGCAACAGGAUGAGCUUGCUGCUCUCCUGGCCCGUAACCUCAGCUUCAACCCAAUUCCCGAGCCUGCCCCUGCACCGCAACAAGAGCCCAAGGCCGAUCAUGCUGAGCCCAUCAUCUAUACUUCAGUCCACUACACCCACUCUGCACACAUAGCUCAAGCAGCUCAACACCAAGACGUCCCUCGUCGUGCUUCAGAGCCACCCCAGACGCAAGGACCCAGUGUUGAAGCUAUACUGCAACACCAUGGCGUCAAUCCAGCUACUCUGACGCCUUCACAACUCCAGCUGUUCAAAGUUGCCGAACCUUCUCAGCAGGAGAGACUUAUUGAACUUUGGAACAUUUGCCCUCCCGGAAACGGCGGCGAUAUCCCAGCUCUCGCCUGGAGUAGCACUACUGUGGAACAUGAGGAGCAACUUGCCCGCUUGCGUUACGAACGACUGAACCAGCAGCAACAAGUCAUGAGUCUGGAUGGUACCCAAGUUCAGGCAGUUGAUGGCAGGUGGGUUCGCAACUCAGAGCCUGAGGUCGAACCAUACAUGACUUCUGGCUACGAGGAGCUGAUGCGAAGAGAGCGUGAAAGAGAGGCCCGGGACAGCCAGCCCAGGAGCACCUACGGCCUCUACUCACACGCCACAGACCCUGUCUACAUGGGUCCGGACUACGCUCGUGAACAGCAGUUGCUGGAGAUGGCAACUCAGUACGGUGCUUACCAAGGAUUCCGAGCACCGGAGGUGGACACUAUGGAUGUUAUGUAAAUAAACAUCGUCUGUCCAAACCGAGCAGCAGAAUAGUAUGACCAGAUGUUCGACGGUCAAUCUACAUAGAAGCUCGGGAGGGAGAUAGGAUAUCAUCUAAGGUGGACAAGUUAUACGCCAAUGUGCGUACAGGAAAGGGAUUUGUUGAUAGAGCCAUGGGCUGUUAGUCAUUGUUUGGGUUUUGUUGCUUAGUAUGUUUAUCAGGUUGCUGGAUGAGUUUAUCAUGAGAAACUGGCUUCCAAAGGGGAGUGGAUAGGGUGGCGUUGGUGGAACUUUCAUUUUUUGCAAAUCAUUUUGCUCCCUCUUCCAGUAUCGCCCUCGUCAAGUACUUGCAGUGUAUGCUAACAAUUAGUUUUACCUAGAGAAAGUAUGUGCAAGGGCAGCAGUUUUGUUCGCCACAGGUACGUCGUCCCUUUCAACACCUGCCUUUGGGGGCUGCAACUCACUCUAUGUGCUCCCGGACUGUGAUAUUUAAUAUAUGCUUCCUAGCAGUAUAUCUAAGCCAGGCUCUCACCCACUAUGUAUCCAUCUAGAAUCAAUAAAAAAGCUUUUUGAUAAACACAGCA